UGAGGUGGGGUGGGAUGGUUGUUUGGUGUUUAAAAGCAAGGGAAGUAACUCCCAUCUUCCUAUUGACGUUCGUUUCAUCUGGAAGUGAGGAGUUGACAUCUUUCUAUGUCGCGAUGCCUCCGUCGGCAAUUAGACGAUUGUUAAGGUCCUACCCAUCCUUAAAUCUUCGGAUCAAUGUGAACAGACAACGUAACCAUGUCGAUGUUGUUCUACCAGGCCUUCGCUAUGAUGACCUUGAUAAUGCAGGUCUCCCAGAUGUUUGGAGAAUCUAUGACAUGAUCAGUCGGGUGGAAUUUGCAUCGUUCUUUCACCACGAAUCGUCUUUUCUCGACUACAAAUCUCUGCUUGAGAACAACAUCACCACAAUUACAAAAGCCGUGCGUAUGGACAUCCGAAGCGGAUUUUUCGAAACCACGACUCCCAAAGCGCCGCUAGGGAUCUCACUGAAACUAUCGCACAUCAAUGACAACUCAUUAAUGACUACAUGUGGGAUGAUCUGUGGCGGUAAAAUGAAGCCAUCAAUUAUAGUGAAGAAUGUACAUGCCGUUGUGAAGGCAGACACAUCUAAGAGCUGCAACUUACCUGACUGGUGGCUUAUGAAACAUAAGAAAAACCUCACUGAGCCUGUGAAGCCCUACCUUAUAAAACCUCAAGCGGUACCAGCCGAAACGCACAAUCAUGUUUUCACAGUUCCCCUUACAGAUGUCGACGCCCUCAGUAGAACAAGAUGUUCUUCCUAUGUGCGUUAUUUCGCAGAAAAUGCCAGCAUUGCUUCCUUAAAAGACUUCUAUCCACAGAUAUCGACAAAGUUUCAUAAUUACUGCAUUAGUCGAAUGUCUAUGUUGUACUUUGGUCCGACAACCUGGGGAGAUGUUUUGGUGUCUAAGACCUGGGAGGAUGCGAUGAAUCCUUACACUUUGCAUUGUAGUAUCAGUAAAGACAGCUUGUUACAGUGGUAUGGCUGUUUCGAGUUUCAUCCAGAAAUCUUUGGUCUUGAAGACGAUGCUGAAAACAUUAGUUAGUGUGUACUUGUGUAUGUGUAAUGUGUGUUUGUAUGUGUGCAUAUAUAGGUGUAUGUGUGUGAGUGUAUUUAUAUAUAAUUGUUGUGAGUGUAUGGUGUUUUUGAAGUUCCACCUAUGAGAAUUCUAUUCAUUGAAAACAGAUUAUUUUUUAAAAUUUGCUAAAAGACAAAAAGAAAAAAUUAAAGCAAUUGUAAAGUAAUAAAAUCACACUUUUGAGUAAUUAUCAUUCUAAAUUUUCUAUUUUGUUCUGAGAAUUUGGAUUGCUUUAGAGCAACAGUUUGUUCUAAGUUAGGGUACCUUUUAGUAAUACAACACCUAGUAUAUAUGAAUUUGGUUGUAUGUUAAAGAUGAUCUCAAACCAUUGCUAAAACCACAUUGUUUGUUAUUGGACUUUGCAAGACACUCUAGAUUCCAGUGUUCUAUAAGAAUAGCUGCUUUACCUCUUCUGCACUUGGCUCUCUUUCUCCUUUAUAAACAUCAACAGAAGUAUUUAAAAAACAAAUGGAGAAUAUUGGAGGUUGGUAGAAAUGUCAAAGCUUUAAAAUAUUUCAUCUUAAGAAUGAAUUCUGAAACCUUACUGUACUUUCCUACCAGUUUUCUAUGUUUUUUCUCCAAGAUUAUUCAAAGCAAAACAGCCAACCAGAAAUAGAUGAAUUUGGAAAUAUAAGUGCGACAGCAUUGUGUAUUGCUUUUUAGAAAUCUUUGCUGUCUGCAGGACAAAUAUUUGGACAAAAAUCAAGAGUUGUGGCUAAAACGGCUGAAAAUUUCCAUGUAUAUUUGGCUGCAGAGACGGGCCUUUAAUUAUAUUAUUUCGAAAGAAAAAUAUCAUUAGUUCAAAGCUCUAGCGAAAAUUUAAAUGUUUCAUCACACAGCCCAGACCUAUUUUAACUGAUUCACUGCCAACCAAAUUCUAUUCCUAGUUUAAAUUUCCAAUCAGUUACUGAUAUAAAAAUCAAAUGCUUAAAAAAAUAGCAAACUAUCCUAAAAACAA